AAUGGCUUGAGGGAAAGAGAAUCGCUUCAGGAGAGUUUCGGGAUUUUUCUGAAGUGAAGCUUGACUGUUCUCAAGCAAUAUAACCACGAAGAAAGUAAUAAGAAUAAGUUACUUUUGACCAAUACGUGUAAUAUCUAAAUAACUAUGCAGGAUGCAGUAGCCGGGACAGCAAUGAUGACGGACGGCUUCGAGGACGAGAUUGACUCGGUGACUCCUCGCUCCCCUGCUUUAGGGAUGGGGGUUGGAGCCACAACAGGAGCCGGACUUGGGGCCCUUGGUAUUGGCGCAGGAGGAAAGAAAGUCCGCUUCUUUGGAGAGGCAGGUGGGCCCACAGCAGACAGGAUUGAUUUUAAGCUCGCUGCAGCCGCAGUGCUCUCGUCUGGUCCUGGAUCUGGCAGCGACGAAGAUGAAGUAUCUGAGGUGGAAUCAUUUCUACUGGAGCAGGAAGACUUGGAUAACCCAGUUCUAAAGACGGCCUCAGAACUGCUCCUGUCCAGCGCUGCAGACAACCUGGACCUGAGGAGAGUGGACCCCGAAACACAGGCCCGUCUGGAGGCCCUGCUCGAGGCAGCAGGCCUCGCUGAACAGUCCAACGCCGACGGUAAAGCCUUCGCCGAUCCCGAGGUGCUACGCCAGCUGACCUCGUCAGUGAGCUGCGCUCUAGACGAAGCAGCUGCCGCUCUCACACGAAUGAGGGCCGAGAACACGCUCAACGCCAGCCAAGCAGACAACCGUAGCCUGGCCGAGGCGUGCUCUGACGGAGACGUCAAUGCCGUGCGCAAGCUGCUGGAUGAGGGCCGAAGCGUCAACGAGCACACGGAGGAGGGAGAGAGCCUACUGUGCCUGGCCUGCUCGGCCGGCUACUACGAACUCGCCCAGGUCUUACUGGCCAUGCACGCCAAUGUGGAGGACCGAGGUAUCAAGGGGGACAUCACACCUUUAAUGGGAGCAGCCAGUGGCGGUUACGUGGACAUAGUCAAACUGCUACUGGUACACGGAGCUGAUGUCAACGCACAAUCCUCCACAGGCAACACGGCCCUGACGUACGCGUGCGCGGGAGGCUUCCUGGACGUGGUCAAGGUGCUGCUGAAGGAAGGCGCCAACAUCGAGGACCACAACGAGAACGGACACACUCCCCUGAUGGAGGCGGCCAGUGCCGGUCACGUCGAGGUCGCCCGCGUGCUCCUGGAGUACGGCGCCGGCAUCAACACACACUCCAACGAGUUCAAGGAGAGCGCGCUCACGCUGGCCUGCUACAAAGGACACCUGGAAAUGGUGCACUUCCUGCUGGAGGCUGGAGCUGACCAGGAACACAAGACAGACGAAAUGCACACGGCCCUCAUGGAGGCCUGUAUGGACGGGCACGUUGAGGUGGCGCGUCUGCUGUUGGACAGCGGCGCUCAGGUGAACAUGCCCGCCGACUCGUUCGAGUCGCCGCUGACGCUGGCGGCGUGCGGCGGCCACGUGGAGCUGGCGGCCCUGCUCAUCGAGCGCGGCGCCAACCUGGAGGAGGUCAACGACGAAGGCUACACGCCCCUCAUGGAGGCGGCACGCGAGGGCCACGAGGAGAUGGUGGCCCUGCUCCUGGCUCAGGGAGCCAACAUCAACGCCCAGACGGAGGAGACGCAGGAGACGGCCCUGACGCUGGCCUGCUGCGGGGGCUUCCUGGAGGUGGCCGACUUCCUCAUCAAGGCGGGGGCCGACAUCGAGCUGGGCUGCUCCACGCCGCUGAUGGAGGCUGCGCAGGAGGGACACCUGGAGCUGGUGAAAUACCUGCUAGCAGCAGGAGCCAACGUGCACGCCACCACCGCGACAGGUGACACGGCCCUCACAUACGCCUGUGAGAAUGGACACACUGAUGUGGCUGACGUGCUGCUCCAGACCGGCGCUGACCUGGAGCACGAGUCCGAGGGAGGCAGAACUCCGCUAAUGAAGGCAGCGAGAGCGGGACACCUGUGCACUGUCCAGUUCCUGAUCAGCAAAGGUGCGGAUGUCAACAGGGCCACAGCUAAUAAUGACCACACAGUGGUGUCCCUGGCCUGCGCCGGAGGCCACCUGGCCGUGGUGGAGCUUCUGCUGGCUCACGGAGCCGACCCCACGCACAGACUGAAGGAUGGCUCCACCAUGUUGAUUGAAUCUGCUAAAGGUGGCCACACUAACGUGGUGUCCUACCUCCUGGACUACCCAAACAACGUCCCCACCACAGAGAUGUCCCAGCUCACGCCUCCCUCUCACGACGCGUCCCAGGCCCCCAGAGUUCCAUUCCAGGCCCUGGCCAUGGUGGUGCCUCCCCAGGAACCAGACAGAGUUCCAUCCAGCUCUUCGCCUGUCUCAAGCAAAGGCAUGUCCAAGCAGCGGCUAGCCCAGCUGCAGAGCACGCCGGGCGGCCUGGACGCGGACCUGCUGCAGCCCUUCCACCCGUACCAGCAGCCGCUGGAGUGCAUCGUGGAGGAGACGGAGGGCAAGCUCAACGAGCUGGGCCAGCGCAUCAGCGCCAUCGAGCGCGCCCAGCUCCAGUCGCUGGAGCUCAUCCAGGGCGAGCCGCUCACCAAGGACAAGAUCGAGGAGAUCGAGGAGCUGAAGAAGAGCCGCGAGGAGCAGCUGCAGAAGAAGAAGAAGAUCCUCAAGGAGCUGCAGAAGGUGGAGCGCCAGCUGCAGCUCAAGACGCAGCAGCAGUUCACCAAAGAGUACAUGGAGGCCAAGGGGCCCAAGGGCGAGGCCGGGCCGGCGGCAGGGGCGGAGGAGCCUGGCGCCCCCCUGCCCGGGCAACCACCCCAGCUGGGCACCGACGACACCGCCACCGGCGUCGCCUUGGACGGAGAGGGGCAGCCCGACUACUGCAACCUCAUCCCGCCCAUCGACGACGACGAGGUGGAGGAGCUGGAGGACGAGGAGGCGGACGGGGACGAGGCCGGCGACGUCGUCGGCGGCGAGUACCCCAAACUCCCGCAGGUGGACACGAUCCUUUACCGGGAGUCGUCCCAGCAGCCGCCGCCUCCCCCUCCUCCCCCUCCUCCUCCCGCGCUGCCACAGCAGCCGUCCUCCCCGGAGCUGCAGGAGCUGCAGGAGCUGCAGGAGCUGCAGGAGCUGCAGCCCCCCCCGCUGCCGGCGUCCAGCUUCGUCCCCAUCCAGCCGCUGGCCACGCAGCAGUCCACCGACUUCGCCAGCAGCGGCGGCAUGGAGUACCCGUGCGCCGUGGACGGCGGCAGCCCCGAGCUGCAGAGGGCCAUGCUGGGGCAGCAGCUGGGCACCGGCCUCCUCAGCCAGGUGCCCGACGGCCUCAUGGUCGCUUCGCCCGCGCAGACGCUCACCGACACGCUGGACGACAUCAUGGCAGCAGUGGGUAGCAGAGUGCCUAUGAUCGACACUACAACCUCCCCCACGCCUCAGCACCCAGGACAGGCACCCAUCAGCGCCACGUCGCCCUCUGUGAUGGCCCUCUACCCUACCGUGGACAUCGACGCCUACACGGAGAGCAAUCACGACACAGCGCUCACACUGGCAUGUGCUGGAGGCCAUGAGGAGCUGGUAUCAGUGCUCAUCACACAUGGGUCCAAUAUCGAGCACAGGGAUAAGAAGGGCUUCACCCCUUUGAUCCUGGCUGCCACAGCAGGACAUGUUGGUGUUGUGGAGAUCCUGCUGGAUAAAGGAGGGGACAUCGAGGCCCAGUCCGAAAGAACCAAAGACACACCUCUCUCCCUGGCCUGCUCCGGGGGGCGACAGGAGGUGGUGGAGCUGCUGCUGCUUCGUGGGGCCAACAAGGAGCACCGCAACGUGUCCGACUACACGCCCCUCAGCCUGGCAGCCUCGGGAGGCUACGUCAACAUCAUCAAGAUCCUCCUGAACGCUGGAGCAGAAAUUAACUCCAGGACGGGCAGUAAGCUGGGCAUCUCUCCUCUGAUGCUGGCGGCCAUGAACGGGCACGUGCCAGCGGUGAAGCUGCUGCUGGACAUGGGCUCGGACAUCAACGCCCAGAUCGAGACCAACCGCAACACGGCGCUCACGCUGGCCUGCUUCCAGGGCCGCGCCGAGGUGGUCAGCCUGCUGUUGGAUCGCCGGGCCAACGUGGAGCACCGCGCCAAGACGGGUCUAACUCCGCUCAUGGAGGCAGCGUCGGGUGGCUAUGCGGAGGUGGGCCGGGUGCUGCUGGACAAGGGUGCCGAUGUGAACGCCCCUCCAGUCCCCUCCUCCAGGGACACGGCUCUCACCAUCGCGGCAGACAAGGGCCACUACAAGUUCUGUGAGCUUCUCAUCAUCAGAGGGGCCCACAUUGACGUUCGUAAUAAGAAGGGGAACACUCCCCUAUGGCUCGCUGCGAACGGCGGCCAUUUUGAUGUGGUCCAGCUGCUAGAGCAGUCCGGUGCUGAUGUCGACGCUGCAGACAACCGCAAGAUCACCCCCCUCAUGGCCGCUUUCCGCAAGGGCCACGUGAAAGUUGUGCAAUACUUGGUGAAGGAGGUGAACCAGUUCCCCUCUGACAUAGAGUGCAUGAGAUACAUCGCUACAAUUGCGGAUAAGGAGCUGCUGAAGAAAUGCCACCAGUGCAUGGAGACCAUCGUCAAAGCAAAGGACCAACAGGCGGCAGAGGCCAACAAGAACGCCUGUAUCCUCCUCAAAGAACUUGACCUGGAGAAAUCACGCGAGGAGAGUAAGAAGCAGGCCCUGAUCGCGAAGCGAGAGAAACGCAAGGAGAAGCGCAAGAAGAAGAAGGAGGAGCAGAAGCGGAAGAUGGAGGAGGAGGAGGCCAAGGUGAAGGAGACCUUCGACGUGCAGGACGAGGAGAAAGAUUCCGCAGAAGAGGCGGAGGUGCCCAUCGAGCCCCCCAGUGCCACCACCACCACCACCAUCGGCAUCUCUGCCACCUCGCCCACCUUCACCUCCGCCUUCGGCAAGAAGCGCGCCAGCCUGACCACCAUGCCCAGCGCCGGCCGCAAGAACAAGAACAAGAAGCUGAAGGAGGCGCCCUGCGGCGGCGUCAACGAGCCCAUCAUCCUCCAGGACCCGCAGGUGGCGCCGGCGCAGCAGAAGGCCGACAAAAACAAGAUCAACGGCGAGCCUCGGGGCGGCGGGGCGCCGGGCGGCACCAGCGACUCGGACAACCUGGACAGCGGCGACUGCAACAGCGAGAGCAGUAGCGGCAGCGGCGGCGGGAGCAAGAGACACGAGCUCAGCGACGUCCCUUCGUCCUCAUUCUCCUCCUCCUCCUCUUCCUCCUCCUCCUCCGCUCCCCCGGGUCCGGCCAAGAUGCAGUCUCCGCCGGAGAAGCACCACGGCCUGACCAUGCAGAUCUCCAGAGAGGAGAAGCUCACCCCGUCUAAGCCACAAAAGGUCCAUGAUGUGGAGUCUCACAGUUCUUCGUUCUCAUCUGUGAAGACAAAUUCACUGCCCAUCACCUCACCAAACAACAAGAUGAACCUCACCAGCCCCAAAAGGGGUCAGAAGCGAGAGGACGGCUGGAAAGAAGUUGUUCGCAGAUCGAAGAAGCUCUCGGUCCCGGCCUCCGUAGUCUCCCGCAUCAUGGGCAGAGGAGGCUGCAACAUCACGGCCAUCCAGGACGUGACGGGCGCGCACAUCGACGUGGACAAACAGAAGGACAAGAACGGGGAGAGAAUGAUCACAAUCAGGGGAGGCACAGAGUCCACUCGACAUGCCGUGCAGCUGAUCAAUGCCUUGAUCCAGGACCCGGCCAAGGAGCUGGAGGACCUGAUCCCGCGCAACCACAUCCGGCAGCCCGGCACGAGCACCCGCAUGGGCUCCACGCACACCACCUCCACGGCCUCCAGCACCACCGUGGCCAGCUCCAGGGGGCUGCCCCCCGCCGUGCCGCCCUCCGCCUUGUCCUUCCAGUCCGCGGCCGCCGCCAACGCCCAGCAAGCGGGCAAACUGGGGAAGAACAUGACGUCGGCGUCAGGCGUGCGGCCUCCGUUCGUCUCGCUGCCGCUGGCCUACACGCACCCCCAGCUGGCGCUGCUGGCCAUGCAGCAGAUCCGCCACCCGCGGCUGCCCAUGGCGCAGUUCGGCGGCACCUUCACGCCCUCGGCCAACACGUGGGGCCCGUUCCCGGUGCGCCCCGUGAGCCCGGGGAGCGCCAGCGGCUCACCCAAACACAACGGCGGCAUCGGCGGCACGACCGCCCCUCGGCCCUCGCCCGUGGGCAGCGGGCAUCCCGAGCACGCGUCUCCCUCCGUCGUCGGCGUCAACACCACCCCCACCACGCCCGUCUCCGCGGCCGCUCCGCCUACGUCUGCCGCCCUGGUCACACACACGCCCUCCUCCGCCAGGAAGCAGCUCUUCGCCGAGCCCAAGGCCGGGAGCGCUCAGCCGCCCGCGGUCACAGCCCCAGCCGCCAGCAGCGUCCAAGCUGCCCAGACGCCCACCACGCCCGUGACCUUCGCCCCGACCGUGCGCAGGACCCCGCCUCUCCCUCCCGCCUCCUUCACCUCCCCUGCGCAGCACAGCCCACGCCCAGCAAGAUGGAGCCUACUUUCUCCAGGCAAAGACAAGCCCCUGGCCGAGCUGUCCACACCCGCUGCCUCCACCCAACCGGAUGGUCCCGUCGCCCCUGCGCCCCUACGCUCCUCCCCGACGCCCCAGCCCACCCAGGGAGACGUCCGGCAGCAGAUGCCCUCGGGUUACUCGGCUGCCGACUCGGCCUCCGUCGCCGUCUCCCAGGCCUGCGCUCCGCUGCCGGUCUCUCGGCCCAUGCCCACCAGCACCCACAACAGCAUCCACACCAGCAUGAGCGCCACCGCGUCCCAUUACGCCACGUCUGCCCCUGGCGCGCCGCACCGCAUGCAGAACGCCGCCUCCGUCUACCCCAUCGGCGCCGGGGUGCCCAUGCAGGAGCAGCAGGCCGUGUUUGUGCCCCCGGGUCCCCCGCAGGAGCUGCACAAGCCUCAGCCCAACCAGUCGCCCAUUCGCAUGGUGCCCCCUCCACUCCCCACCUCCACCCACAACGUGGGCAUGAUGAACGGCUCCCACAUGCACCCCCACGGAGCUAAAGCCCAGAUGCCGCCAAACUUCGGCCCCAACAACCUCUUCAAUCACUUUGGGAGCAUCUUCGAGAGCAACCAGGUGGGCCACAAUCAGGUGUGGGGCGGCUGUCAGCUGCCCAACCGGACGCCUCCGGAGCAGAACUACAACGCCCAGCCCGCCUACGUGGACGAUGCUGGACAGCUGGACGGUGUCAUGAACCAGGGAGACAACUCCAAGGCGCCAGGCUACCGUUGUGCCCCCCAGAAGAUGGCAACACACAGCCCCAUUGGAAUGCACCAUGUGGAUCCCACGGGCUCCUCGGGCAUGUCGUCCUCCACGGCGCUCACCAGCUACACCACCAGCAUCACGGGCAGCCCAGUGUUCCUGCAGGGCUCGGCCCCGGUGGGCCCCCCCUCCUUCAGCCGCCAGCACUUCUCCCCCCUCCCCUGGGGCGCCUCGUCCUCCUGCAAGAGAAUCAGAGGUGAGUCUCCGGUGCCCUCCGUGUCCACGGGGAACGCGUCUCCUCUCUGCACGGCUGCCGUCAUGCCGCAGAUGCCACCGAAGGCCAUCAGCAGUGCCAGCCAGCAGGACCGUAAAGUGCCCCCGCCCAUCGGGACAGAGCGCCUGGCCCGCAUACGGCAGACCGGCUCGGUCAACCAUACCAUCCUGCCCGCCAGCUACACGCCAAAUGUAGGGCAGGGAGGCAUCUGGUCCUUUGGUGUGGGCAGCGCCACUGAGCCCAUGGCUGGGUGGUCACAGCCGCUGAUGGGAGGGCACAUGAUGCCCCAGCAGCUGGCUGACCAGUCCGCCUUCUCCCAGCACCAGACCAUGGAGCGUGACGACACGGGCAUCGUGGCCCCAUCCAACACCUUCCACCAGCCCGUGCCCACCAACUACAUGGAUUUCCCCAAGGGUUUGCCCAUGUCUGUGUAUGGCAACACGAUGAUGCCGCCUCACCCGCCGUUGGCAGAGGCCCCAGGGGGCACCAUGUACAACGGUCUGCAUGCCGCCGACCCUGCGUGGAACCCCAUCCUCAAAGUGGUGCCCAAUUCGGCCGAGAACUCUGAUCCUCAGCAGGUCUGGACUGGGACCUGGGCUCCUCAUGUUGGAAGUGUACACCUGAAUCAUGUCAACUAAACACAAACCUAGCUGGUAAAUAGUAGGACCAGUGAGAGGAAAGUAGGAAAAAGAAAAGAAUGAAAUUAGAAAAAACAAGAUUUACACAGUGACAGAAGACUUUAACCUAAGCGUAUCCCCAAAUUACAAAAUUAUACUUUAAAAAUUGACUUAGACACCUUUUGAUGUGCCUGACUGAAAAAAAGAGACAGACAGAAAGACGGAAAGGAUUAAAAAAAAAAAAAACCUCUGACGUGGGCUUUGAAGCAUUUACUCUUGUCUAUGAACAAACCAACUGCCUGUUUAACAGGAUACAUUCUCUGCAUAGUAUAGCCAUUUUGACAUAAGAAGCCCACGUAUAGUGGGGCUGGAGGGCUCAGUAGGUCUGUGCACUAUUUAUACCCAGCCAUGACCUAGAUGAUUACUCACGGAGAGAAAUCAGACCUUUAGAAAGGUAAAUACAUGUAUAAUUGUUUACAUACUGAAAAAAGGGUUAAAAAAUGAGAGUAAAUUUCAUGUCGUAUAGUGGCUCUACUUUAUGUAGCCUGUAUUAAUGUGAAAUAUUUACCUUAAUAUUCAAUAAAGAUGUUCAUUAAGAUAUUCAGUAACAUCAGCUGUCUUGGCUGUCAUUGGGGCGGGGGUGUGUGGCGGGGUGGGAUCAUACACUCUGCUUGUUAAUGGGGUUUGGGGGUGUUUUACUUUGUGUCUGUACUUACUGUUGGUCAGCGGGGAAAUAGCAGGAUUAGAUGGUUAGAGUUUAGUGUGACAGCCGCAUGCAUAGGGCAAGAGGUUCCACUUUGAUGGACCGUAAAGGAAGAGACUUCCACUCUAUAGCUAUUUGUCUGUAUACGCCUAUAUAAUGUAGAUAUCUAUAUAUGCAUACUGUCCCAUUUAAAGUGAUUCAAGCCAAGCUAGAUGUACCAAAUAAUCAAGUUAAAAAAAGAGAGAAAAAAAAUGUGGUUACUGUACUGUUUGUCUGUAUUAAAUAUGCUACAAAUCUG